AACACAGCCUAAGAGGGGUAACGGGUAUGUGUACGUGUACUAUACUACUAAAAGAAAGAAAAAAGGAAGUAAUCAUCUACAGAUAUUGAACAGUAUUGAACAUAUGAUAGAGUUGUGUGCGAUAAAAUAGACAAAUUGUCAAAUGACAAUUAAUAUAGAAGAAAUGCAUAAUUUAAAUUAUGACAUCGACGGAGAUUAAGGAUGCACUUGCAUUAUCCGCGUCAAUUUGUACUGUUUUACAGUUUUUAGCUGGCGUAUUGGUAUGCAGAAAAUAUAUUAGAAAUGGUACAACUGGAGACAGUUCAGGAUUGGCUUUUGUAACGUGUUUUAUGUCUUGUAGUUUGUGGUUAAGAUAUGGAAUACUUAUUAGAGAUUCAUUCAUUAUAUGUGUAAAUAUAUUUGGAACAAUAUUACAAAUAUGUUAUGUAUUCAUUUAUAUCUUAUACAAUGUAAAAAGAUCAACUACUAUUAAGCAGUUUGCAGUAGCGAUCUGUUUAGUUUCGCUUGUGUAUCUUUAUAGUACUUAUCAAAAGGAUAGAAUUUUAGCUGUGAAAUAUGUAGGAUUUCUUAGUUGCAGUUUGACUAUAUUAUUCUUUGCAUCACCAUUGAUAUCACUUGCACAUGUGAUAAGAAUGAAAAGCACAGAAAGUUUACCAUUUCCAAUUAUAAUGGCGUCUAUGAUAGUGUCCUGCCAAUGGUUUGCAUAUGGAUGUCUGAUUAGUGACCAAUUUAUACAAAUACCAAAUUUCAUAGGUUGCGUUUUAUCAGCUUUCCAAUUUUCUUUAUUCUUGAUUUAUCCAAGUAAACGAGCAGAUCAAGUUUAUUUUAUAUAAGAAAAAUAUCUUUUACUCUAUGAAUUAAUUAAAACGAUAUAUAUUGUAUGUAUGUAGGAUGUAUUAUAUAUUAGAAAUUAAUAAAUUUCCAUAAAGUGGUA